UUAGCUCAGUUCCACAGCAGAGCGAUUCCAUGGGCAGCACUGAUGCUCACUGCAGUGGAAGAGCUAAGACCCGGCCUGCAUUAGGCUGAACUCCGUCGGGGGGUUUAAUAUCGAUGAGAGCACAGCUGUGUGGUGCAGCUGAACCACAUCUGCAUCCCUGCUGGCUGACAGAGCUGCAGGACACGGGGAUGGUGAGCGCCUCACAGCAACGUGGAUGUGGAGGAUGCAGCCGGCGCCCACGCUCUGCAAUGGCCUCUGUGCCACCCAAGAGGAAGAGGAAGACCAGAGCCACGCGACAGGGCCGUCACCAACAGCAGGCAUCAUCCUUAUCCGCCGACAGAGGUAAACCCCUUGAAAAUAUUUCUCCUACCUCUGAAGUGAAGCUUGACAAAGCCAGGCCUCAUGAGAACAGAAUGAGUGGUAAGGCAAACCCUCAAGAAAAGCAGCCAGAAGAACUGAUACGACAAGUUCCAAUGGCAUCAGGACCAUAUUUUUAUGUCAGUGGAUCUAAUGGAGCAGGACUUGUGAGCAUCUAUUGCCAGAGCAGAGGCUGGCAGCGUAUCUAUGACAACAGAAGACAGGAUUACGCACUGAAAUGGUGUGAGAUCAAGUGCCGAGAGACCUAUUACCAUUUCAAAGAAGGCGAGCAGCUGCUCUACCAGAUUCCCAACAACAGUGUCCUCACCAGCAAGACUGGGCUUUUGUCCUGCCUGCGAGAGCAAGAGCGAGUGAUGAAGAAGAUCAACAGGAGCUCUAAUCCCAAGUUACUGAAGAUGGAAGAAUUCUUUCCAGAAUCUUUUCGCCUGGACUUAAAAGAAGAGAGAAAUGCCUUUUUUGAGCUUUGCAAAGAAGAGGAGAUUUGGAUCUGCAAACCGAGUUGCUCUAACCAAGGGCGAGGAAUUUUCCUGCUGAAAAAUCCCGAUGCUGUCACCACCCUGCAAGCCAAGCUCUGCAGCUCUGAGAGAGACCUACCCAGUAAGAGGGUGCCCUGUGGGGCUCCCCAGACAAGAAUAGUGCAAAGGUACAUUGGCCAACCUCUGCUCCUGGAAGGGAAGAAGUUUGAUGUCCGUUCCUACCUCCUCGUUGCCUGCACAGCACCGUAUGUGUUGUUUUUUGCCCAGGGCUACGUCCGGCUGACCUGUAGCAAUUACGAUGCCACAUCUGAUGAUCUGACUGUUCAUCUCACCAACCAGUACGUGCAGAAGAAGAACUCCCUCUAUGGCCAGCUGAAGGAUGAGACAGUUUGGCAGAUGGAGCAUUUCAACAGCUACGUUAAUGAGAAGUUUGGGAAAACCAAUGGCCUCCCACAGGACUGGGUUUUCACUGUGUUUACUAAAAGGAUGCAGCAAAUCAUGUUGCAGUGCUUCCUGGCAGCCAAGCACAAACUGGAUCGUAAACUGGGCUACUUUGAUCUCAUUGGCUGUGACUUUUUGAUUGAUGAAAACUUUAAGGUCUGGCUUCUGGAGAUGAACGCAAACCCUGCAUUGCACACCAACUGCAAAGUCUUGAGAGACAUCAUCCCCAUCAUCAUCCACGAGAGUCUCGAUCUGGUUCUCGAGAUCUUCACCAAGUGCCUCAAGGGACAGAAGGUGCUGCCUUUGAAGACACUCUGCCACUUUGUGCUUCUCUACAAUGAGGAUGCUGCAGACCUGGGCCAGAAGCAACCUUGGAAGCUCAGCACCAGGUCGUUCACAGGAAGGUACCUGAGGCCACACACAGACAGCACCAGGCACCUCAGGUACAGCCCUGCCAAAACUGCAGGCCUGUCCCCAGCAGCUCAGCUGCUUCAGAAGAAAGAGUGCCUUGCUGCCUACAAAGGGCUGUCGGCGAGCUGUCCUAACCAUGCUGCACGUGCAACAGUUUGAUCUCCACAGAUAACCACAUUGAGUCACUGAGCAAGAGGGUUUUCACAACUUGAGAGAGACAGGAAGAAAAUAAAAGUUAAGCUCUAUGUGCUAUGCAUGUUACGCUCUAUGUGCUGUGCUGUUAUGCUCUAUGUGCUAUGCUGUUAUGCUCUAUGUGCUAUGCAUGCUAUGCUCUUUUUCACCUGGUAGAAACAGACGGGUAUCAACCUCAGCUAAGAAAACCAGUAACUGUGAGUGCCAAUAGUUCUGCAGAAAGCAACGCUUCCAUCAGUCAGCCAACAGAGAAGUUACAGAAAACGAGACAUGCCAAACCCCAUCCUUCCAAAAGCAAUGCUGAUCUGACACUGCAACCCAGAACACUCAAUAAAGUCCUUUUAU